UUAUGUCAAUCAAAUAAGCUUCCUCGUUGUUGUUUGAUGAUAGCUUACCACAAUCCGUGACACCGAAAAUAAUCAGAUAUGGAACUCCGUCCAUGGAAAUCGAAAAAGGUUUAACGAAAUCCGUAGUACCUGUCGCGUUGCCUAAGAAAACCUUAAAAAUGGUUAUGAUUCAGGGUAAUUAAAGAUGCUCAAGGUCUAACCGUCAGGCCAUUUCUAUCCUCAUGUUCACAGUUAUGUUUGUAAAGGUUUUUAAUAAGCGCUAAGCGAGGAGACGAAUCAACUUCCGCGUACAUUGAACCGCACCUGCGACAAAGGUCAAUCACACAUGCGAAUUCCAGGUUUUCCAUGAAGUCCAAUUGUAGGGAAAGGCUGUCGCUUUCACAGGUAUGUCUCUGUAUCAUACCCUCAUAUCGGUUUCUAACGAUAGAGGUAAAUACAGACUGUUCCGGUUGUCUGAGUGACGCAUCCCUGUCCCCGAAAUUAUAUAGUGUCACGAAGAUUUCCCCAGUUCUGCGAUGUAGAAGAAUGUAAAAUAAUGACUUGCAGGCCGCGCUUUCCUUUGCUCUAGCGACGCAGAAGCAAAGUCUUAUUGCGACGGUGUUUUUUAUAUCUGGUACGUCGCAAGUCAGGAAACGAUGGCUGCAACUGGGGCCCGUAUUAUCGCAUUUGGAAGGCGUGGUACAGUUUAUCUUUUUAUUUUGGGCAGUAUUCAGCAAAGACAAAUCUCAUCCAGAUUGCCUUCGCGUUCUUUGCCACGCGUCAGUUUUCUGUCUAUUGAGCAACGAAGCCAGAUUUCAGCAGAACAAGAGUUUCUGUGGAACAUGCAACGAGCGUCGGCGACCUGUACAAUCUUGUAGAGCCAACCCUCCCGCUUGCGUAAAACGCAUGCUAGCCCCGACAUUUUUCUUUCCUGUGCCUCUGUUUUUGUGCGACCCGUGCUUCGCUUUCGCUAACAAGAGAAAGGCUUGUGGCUUUUUUUCCUGUGAUUUUCUGCUUCGCUCUCCCGAAAUGUUUCAGCUUCGACUCUCCGUGUUUCUUCUCUUGGUUCUCUCAGCAACAACAUCCCUCUGCCCGAGCGCGUGCGUCCACGGUGCAGAAUCACCCACAAUGGAGGAGAAAGUAAAGACCGUGACAUUCACGGAUCCACCGCACGACAAGGUUUACACGACAACAGUUAACGUGUCUUCGAUUCCGGCCCACCUGAAAUUGCUCAUCGAAUCGUCUGCGGGCUCCGGAGGCUACGCGUUCAUGGCCCAUGAUGUUCUGAAGGGGAUUAACAGGCAGCCGAGUUUGGAAUUAGAGCCGCUAGCCGAGGACGAAAUGCGAGAGCGGCUGCAACGCUCCGUCUCCAAGCAUGGCGUUACUGUGGGCAAGCCUGCUAUUGAGCAUAUGAAGAACAUGCCCGGAGCCCCGCAGACCUACGCCGCCCCUGUGGAGGUGACGCAAGUUGGCGAUUACACUGUCAUUGUUAGCAGCGUGCGGCCGUGGGCGCCCCGCGACGCUGCAGGGUAUUACGUGGUCCAUAUUCAUGCAACGGACUAGAAGAACGUUUCGGCGCAUGCGUUGAUAGAUACAGACGUCAACGCAACUCUGUACGUCUACGUGUAGCUUUUUUAUUGCUACACAAAUGCAUAUGUCUGUCCACGUGCAUUCGGGUAUAGGGUCUUCUUCCGUCAUGUUGAUUGUUGGUGUUCGUGCCCCCUGUGCUUGUUUUCGAAAGGAUGUUUGGAUAUGGGGCUUCGCUUUUUUUUGCCUGUUGUCCCCUCACUGAAGUGGGUGGGCCUCUUAGGGUGAACGAAGUUGUUCACAGGGGCUCUUUAGGGAAAAAGCAAAGACUUGGCAACCGCCUCACAGGGAACUCUUGCGCUAUCGCACUGUACGCGACGAUGUGACUAAACCUGGAAAUCCGGAAACCGCUCGUGUGUCGGAUUACACAUUGUCGGCGCUGGUCUUUUGGAAGUGACUGUCGAACUCUAGGAGCACUUGACAUCGUACCAGAAUGGUCUUUUCUAGCAGAUGAUGCGACAAUAGAAAGUACUUCGUUCCCGAGCAGGUGGUUCGUUAGUAUUCAUGCCACCAACCUUCCAAUCAAAAGGCGUAGUCAAGAUAAUAACAACUGUAGAAAAAGAGCAAGCUUAAUUGCUUUUUAAUACACCAAAUAGAAUCCAGGUAAUAUGGGACUUUUCUUGGCAUGACGGAGGUGAGUGAGAAAAGGAAAAGUUGCGACAAGAAAUCCUCGCAGAGUAGUGACAAAUCCAUGGUACGUCGCUGUAACUUCCGUUGUACGGGUGCGGGCGUAGGAGGCGUAGCUUCAACCCGAUAGCGCCCGUUUGUCAUCGCCCCUUCCGCGGCUCUUCAAAGAAAUGUCGUUUAAACAUGCAUGCGUAUUUCCUGUGGUGAUGUUUUCGUUGGAUACUAGAUACCUGUCGGAUGUCGACUCCAGCAGUACUGCCUGGUAGUGCACAGUUCCGUAUGACAGAACCUAGAAAGGCCGUAGCGCGGUUCUUUUCAAAAAAAGCCUUGCGUAGUUCUUCUGGUAAAAUGGAUGCUACAGUCCGAUUCGUAAAAAACAAUUUUUGUUGCUUCGAGUUGGGUGUCAUUGUGGGUCACUCACAGCCACACCAAUACAGCAGGCGUUUGAAGAUUUUGGAACCG